UGCAAGGCUUGUGCUCAGGUGCCUGUAAUCUUUCUUGCUCCUGUUGCCUUGUGCUCUGCAGGGCAGGAUUGUGAACAUCAAACAUUCCCUUCUGGGUCUGAAAGGUCAUGUAAACAGAGCCACUGACUUGCUAAUAGAUCUUGUUUUCAAUGGAUUAUUCAUUAAGCUCCUACAUCCCCCUGGAUGUUUCAGAGGCAGUACCCCCUCCCCCUCCUCCAUGAAGGAAGCAUAUAAAGCUCAGCCCAUUUCUUCAGACUCAGAAGUACUGUCCACACAGAACUGCAUGCUUCUACCAGCAGCUUCUCCUGAGGAUCUCUCUGAGAGGUGCCUUUAUCCAACGGUAAAGGACGGUACAGGGUUACAAUGCAAGUCUGAAAAAGUGCACCUUUGCUGCAACCCUAAAACAUUGCUGCUCUCUGGCCAAUGGAGAAGGGAUUUCCAGUUGUUAUCAUCCAUGAAACUGGCUUGGGUUUGUUUGUCAGCACGGUUUAAAGGUUGAUGUUUUAGCAACAAUAGCACAAACAGGGAUAAUAGUCAAUAAUACUAUAAUAUUAACUCUUUUUAUUGGAUUAGAAAUAUUCUGUAUAAUACUGCUAAGGUGCUUCAAGCGAUAACUACUUUUUUAUGUUCUGCUUCCCCACAAAUUGUGUGUAGUUUUCCCCAGAUUAUAUGAGUGAGUGCUUAGAUUAUGGGAGAGCUUGUACAGUUGAUGACAGCUCCCAGUGCUGCUUCAGAGAGCAGCAGCAGACUGUCUGUGUAGUUACACAAUGACAUGAAGGGUUAGGAUUUGACAAGAUGUGUGUGCCUGCACUUAAAUCUACCUUUAGGGAAUGUAAACAAGCUUGACAGCCCACAGGGUCUGGUUUCUGAUGAAGUUCAUUACACAGCUUGGUAAACUAUAGGACACAUGUUGUAAAUAGUGGACUAACACUUCAGCAAAACUGGACUGAAGUUGAGACACAGCUGUUAAAGAGUAAUCACUUGCAUAUUACAGUCUUUAUACAUGCAUUUGGUUUAGGGUUGAAUGUCUAACCAUUUAAAGAUGAUAUCUCCUUUUAAAUGAUGCUGGUAUGCAUCCAUACAUGUAUUCCAUUGUAGCAACCAUACUUCAUCAUGUACAUUUCAAAAUUAGAAAGGGCAUGAAUUGAAAUAUUCAGUGCUUGUAGUACACAUGUAUCCCCCUUUUUAAAUAGGAAUAUAAUAUUUAGAGUAUGUAACUUAUUUUAAUCUUCCUGCUAACAUGUUUUUUUAAUGUAUUUAUUCACAGGUAUUUUGAAGAAGCAGCUAUGCAGAAAAAUAACUCAUCCUACGUUACAAUGUUUACCCUUUCUGGAUUAAAUGAAUCAAGCACAAAUAAAUAUAUAUAUUUUUCUUUCACUCUCCUGGGUUAUCUCUUUAUCAUUUGUGUUAAUUUAACUCUAAUUGUAAUAAUAGCUCUUGAAAAGACACUUCAUGAGCCCAUGUAUUUUUUCCUCUGUAAUCUGAGUGCUAAUGCACUGUAUGGUACUGCUGGUUUCUAUCCUAAACUACUGUUUGAUUUUCUGUCUGAUACGCAUGUCAUCUCAUAUUCUGGGUGCCUGCUUCAAAGAUUUGUCAUCUACAGUUUUUCUGCUUGUGAAUUAUCAAAUUUAACAGUGAUGGCAUAUGAUAGGUAUGUGGCAAUAUGCAGGCCCCUGGAGUACCAUGCUAUCAUGUCGCCUUUGACGACUGGUAAAUUAAUACUGUUUUCUUGGAUUUUUCCAUUCUGUUGUUUGUGUGUUGGUACUCUAUUGACUUUCAGGUUGCCCUUAUGUGGCUCCCACAUUGAAAAACUAUUUUGUGAUAACUGGUCAAUUGUGAAAUUAUCUUGUGUAGGGACUACUGUUAACAAUGUAUAUGGAUAUGUUAUAUUAUGUAUAUUCAUUGCACAUUUCCUUUUUAUUUUAUUUUCCUACAUGAAAAUACUCAGAGCGUGCCGGGCAUCUAGUAUAGCAAUGAGUAAAUGUUUGCAGACCUGUUUGCCACAUUUGUUGACCUUGAUCAACUACUGUAUUGCCAUACUUUUUGAUUUAAUGUACAGUAAAUACGGUUCAUAUGAUAUGCCACAGGUUUUACACAAUAUCUUGUCAGUGGAAUUUCUGAUCGUCCCCCCUGUUUUCAAUCCUGUCAUUUAUGGUUUAAACUUUCAAAAGAUCCGGAACAAAGUCACAAGAAUGUGCAGCAGAAACAAAGUAAUUCACACUGGAUCCCAGAUGUAGUUGCUGCUAUUGUCUUGCAUUUGUAAGAAAUCAAAACUUUAAAUUUAUAUAUUGUUUUCUAUAAUUAAUAAUAGAGCACGUUAAAUAUUUUUCAUGAAAGACACACUUGAUUGCAAUACAAAACGGAUAGAAUGUUGAGUAGUUUAGCAAGAUAUGUGCUUAACAUACAGGAUUAUUUCAUUUGUUAUUGACUCAAGAAAUUAACAGAAUCAGGUGAGUUAAAUGGACCCGAUGCACUUUUUCAACCUUAUUGUAAAACUCUUUUAAGCCCUUAUUUUGUUAAUAUAAGCUGAAAUGCUUAUUUAUUAAGGGUAGCUUCACAUUGUAUAUAGAAAAAUGUAUAAUCAAACAAGCCAAAUGUACUGCAUAAGCGUAGCUUCUGAUGUGAAGAAAAUAAUAUUUCAUAAUUUCAUGUAAUGUAUUUUAAACUGAAAUAGUUUAUAUCCUUGUGUGGCGGAGUGUCCCGCCCCUAUGUAUUAUUAUUUGUAUUUUUGUUUGCGGCGCAGUUAAAAGCACUGCGUCUUUUAUUAUUUAUAAUUUAAAACCCCGUGAGGAUGCAUGACUGAUCAGCUACUGAUUAUUUAACUAGCUGACAGUCAUGCAUCCUUACCAAACGCGUGCAGACUCUGGCCGAGGGGUAAUAAGAUAAUUAACAACUAGUUAACCCCUCGGCCAGAGUAUAAGAACCGGCAGCUGCCCGUGCUGCGGUGUUGAAUGUAGAGAGGAGAGUAAGGGAGAGCGGAGAGAGAAAGAGCGCGCGAGGAGAAUAAUACAUAAUUAACAAUUGCGAAAACGUGCUGGAUUAGCCAGCACAACACUUACUUGUUUGUUUGUUUAUUCAUUUGGACCUUGUGCCUUUUUGUUUUGUGUUUUGUUAAAAUCAUUUGUUUUGUUUAUUAAACACGCUGAGUGCCAUUGCAUUCAGCUUCACCAUCCCA